CCUUCCCUCACUUAUCAUCAGAGAGUUCACACUGGAGAAAAGCCUUUUGAGUGCAGUGAAUGUGGGAAAUCUUUUACCACUAACUCCAGACUUCGUAAGCAUCAGAAAGUUCACAGUGGAGAAAGGCCUUAUAAAUGCAUUGAAUGUGGGAAAUCUUUUGCUAAUAAGUCCAACUUUCAGUAUCAUCAAAAAGUUCACUCUGGAGAAAGGCCUUAUGAGUGUAGUGAAUGUGGGAAGUCCUUUAUCCAAAGAUACAAUCUCAAUCUACACCAGAGAGUUCAUACAGGAAUAAGUCCUUAUAGUUGUAGUGAGUGUGGGAAGUCUUUUAUUACUAAGAGCAGUCUUACUGAACACCAGAGUGUUCACACAGGAGAAAGACCUUAUAAAUGCAGUGAAUGUGGGAAAUCCUUUGCCAGUAGCUCCAGCUUCCGUUAUCAUCAAAGAGUUCAUACUGGAGAAAAGCCGUUCAAAUGUACCAAGUGUGGGAAAUCUUUUACCACUAAUUACCUCCUGCGUAUUCAUCUGAGAUCUCACACUGGAGAAAAGCCUUAUGAGUGCAGCGAAUGUGGGAGAUCCUUUGCCAGUAACUCCAGCUUCCGUUAUCAUCAAAGAGUUCAUACUGGAGAAAAGCCGUUCAAAUGUACCAAGUGUGGGAAAUCUUUUACCACUAAUUACCUCCUGCGUAUUCAUCUGAGAUCUCACACUGGAGAAAAGCCUUAUGAGUGCAGCGAAUGUGGGAAAUCCUUUGCCAGUAACUCCAGCUUCCGUUAUCAUCAAAGAGUUCAUACUGGAGAAAAGCCGUUCAAAUGUACCAAGUGUGGGAAAUCUUUUACCACUAAUUACCUCCUGCGUAUUCAUCUGAGAUCUCACACUGGAGAAAAACCUUAUGAGUGCAGUGAAUGUGGGAAAUCCUUUACCAGUAGGUCCAGUCUCUGUUAUCAUCAGAGAACUCACAUUGGAGAAAGGCCUUAUAUAUGUAGUGAAUGUGGGAAAGCUUUUACUCGUAGCUUCAGUCUCCAUUAUCAUAAGAGUGUUCACACUGGAGAAAGGCCUUUUAAGUGCAGUGAAUGUGGGAAAUCUUUUAUUAACAUCUCCAAAUUGCAUUGUCAUCGGAGAGGUCAUACUGGAGAAAAGUCUUAAGAGUGCACUAGUGGGAAAUCUUUUAUGGGUAAAUCUUUCUGAAUGUUGGAGAGUUUAAACUGGAGAAAGAUAGAUUUACAGAGAAUGUGCAAUUUCCUUGUUCAGUAUACAAAUGCUGGAGGGAACUGGGAGGACAUCUCUCUCAAUUGAGUCUCAAUCCAAGUGUGUCUGAAAUCAGCAUGAUUUUUUCUCCUUACUCAGAUUAGAAAUUAGAGUUUUCAGGCGCUGUUGAAGGGCAUACAUCCUCCAGGUCUACAAAAAGGCAUUUCCUGAUCUCCAGAGUUCUUCAAAACAUUGUCACUUGUUGUAAGACCAUUGUGUCCAGGGGAAACUAUAAUUGAUAUAGAAACUCUGUUUUAAUAAGGAGUGGAGGAAACUGCAGUUAGAUGGAACCCAUUCUAACUAAAGGUGCAUCUAGAUGUUUCUAUGACGUUGUCUGUGGGAUCAGCUUAUACACAAAUAUCUAGACCUCCAGAUACAAUAUUAACUUUUAGCUGGAGUCAUUGUCAGACAAAAUAUUUGGAAAGGUUUUCUUUUGGACUCCUGUCACACCCAGUGAAUUUUACCUCAAGGCCCUUACUUCAGAGGUAGGAAAGAAAGAAGAAAGGGGGUGUGGCUCUUGUGAUCCAGACAGCAUUCCUGUUGACUCAGGUAAAAAUGUACUUCAUUGCUUCCCAUAUUUGCUGCCACUGAGGAAGGACUGAUUCUGACAGGGCAUGAGGAGAGAGUUGACAGAUUCAAUAUAGGGUUGGUUGCCAGAACUAUUUUCCAAAAGGAGUAGGACAUACAGAUUUUUUUUUCCAUCUUCAGCCAAUUUUUAAAGCUUUACUAAAGCAUAAUUUACAUAUACAAAACUGCAUAUAUUUGAAGUAUGUGAGCUGAUAAAUUUUCACCCAGCUAUGAACCUCUGAAACCAUCACCAUAGAACUAAUAAUGCUCCAUCUGUUAUGGCAUAUUUACCUCAUGUCCUGCUAUAAUCUCUCCUUACAACCCCUGCCUGUCCAAGUAACCACUGAUUUACUCUUCCCUUAGAAUUAGAUACUUUUGCAUUUUCUUGAAUGUAUCUAAUUGGAAUCCUAAACUGUUUACUGGGUUUAUUUCCUUCUGAUUUUCUUGGUUUCAUAACUAUUUGCAAUUCUUCAUGAGCUAUAAGUAGCUCAUCUUUUUAUUUUUUGAUGAAUAAUGUUCUUAUCAUUGGUUGUACCAUUGUUUAUUCCUCUUUUUCUGGGUAUUUAGGUUAUUUCUAGGUUUUCACAAUUGA